GCGGAGCGAUGACAUUGAAGAGUGCGAGGAGAUAACAGCGGUGACCUUGGGGCUUCCUGCCGAUGGCAUCAAGAUUUUCCGUGUACAAGCAUGACAUUAGUUAAACACUCUCAGAGGCGCUUCAAUCAGUCAGCAGCUAAGAGAGAGGAAGGAAGAGACAUUUCAAAAUAGCUGUCCGCCGUCCUUCCACCAUCCUUCCUCCAACCAACCUCCUCGGCCUUCGCUCUGUUAAAAGAGCAGUUUUCUGAGUAGAAAACUGGAGGACAGCAGCAGCAGCAGCAGCCAUGCCGUCGACAGGAGCUGUAUGUGUGCUGAUGGGUUUCAUCCUGUGUGUCUCAGGGGUUCAGGGACAAGAAAACACCAUCUGUGCCUUGAAAGGUUCAUCCGUGGAUCUGUUCUGCUCCGCCAAAGAUCCACUUUACAGGAUGAAUUGGUACACUGUGCACAUGAACGUCUCCAACUACUUCAUGACGAAGCUCUCCACAAACCAAAGUCGUGUAAUGUUGAACGAGAGUGACUUCACUCUAAGGAUCAAAGAUCUGAGAGAGACGGAUUUUAAAACGUAUUGCUGCAAAGAGAACACAGACCAACCAGAACUCUGCUGGAAGCACAGAACUGAGCUCCAUGUUGCAGACCUGCAGGUGAAGGUGAUUCCCUCCACAGAGGGACACACAGUAACACUGAUGUGCAGCACCAGCUGUCCUCUGACUGAAAACCCUGCAGCCUACAUCUGGUACAAGAACAGAGAGUUUCUCUAUGAGGACUGGUCUCCCUGGUACCAACAGCUGGUCAGCAGUGAGGAAGCAGUCACAUACUCCUGUGCUAUCAAAGGCUACGAGGACCUCAGAGCCCCUCAAGUCUCAGUGGAUUCUGUCACAUCAGCCUGCUUCAGUGUGACCUACGCUAAAGGGAAAAUGUGCUCUUAUGCGCAGAAAUCAGAGGAUGAGCCCUGCUCCAUCACCUACCCGACAGAAAUACAUGUUCAGAAGACUCCUGGGAAGGACUCUGUCACACUGACCUGUAACACCAGCUGUCCUGAGGCGGAUCCUCACACUGCCUUCAGGUGGUACUGGGACAGAGACGUGUACAGUCACUGUGAGAAUCAGGAUAUCAUGGUUUUCGGCCCGUCUAGCCGUCUGCCCAGCCGCUGCGCUGUGAAAGGCCACGAAGAUCUGCACUCUGAUGAAGUCUGUGUUGGUCAAACAGGUUGCAGGAGUGUGAAUUACCUCACCAGGAGGAUUUGUUCACCGGAAGGCUCCUCGGUGAACAUGUCAAGCGUAGAGUCAGAAUUUGAUCAUCAGCUAUUGUGGAGUAAAGUAAAGAGACGUGAUGAGGAGCCUGAAAUCUUGAAGGAGGAGAAAAGCAGUCAGCUGGAGUUUCACGUCAGCGCUGAACAACGCGCGCUGACGAUCAACAACCUGACGAGGGACGACUCAGCAGAAUACAUAUUGAAAUGGUUUCACACGGAUCUGUCUGGCUUAUUUGGAGUGUAUUUAGUCGUCACAGGUGUUAAAGUGACGUUCACUCCUUCUGCAGUGGUGACAGAGGGGCAGAGAGUCACUCUGACCUGCAGCACCAGCUGUCCUCUGAACACAAACUACACCUGGAACUUCAACAGUCGACCUCUGAACCUGCCAGAGAACCAGAACAACAAACACCUGGUUCUGGACCCAGUCAGGAAGCAGCAUGCGGGAAACUACUCUUGUGCUGCCGGUGCCCCCCAAAUCAUCGACUCCAGUGAAAGGACUCUCACCGUCCUGCCUGUUGAAGCCAUGGCGAUAAUGAAUGCAGUCAAACUGACCAUGUUGUCUCUGAUUGUUCUAUUUCUCAUCUACCUGGCGAUCAGGAAGAAGAGAACUCGGACUCCUGCUGCUGAGCUCGCUGACAAAGUACGACCUGAAGAGACGGACCCGCUGUAUGACAACAUCGGACUCUCGGUCAUGAAUCCUGCAGAACGGGCAGAACCAGCGGAGCCGCAGGAAAACACUGUGUAAUAUCAGGAUGUUCGUUAUCUCUGUUGGGUGCAGAUAUACGAAGUCUGUUGUGUUCAUUUAGGUUGAAAUUGGCAAGACGGGAGUUUUUAGCACUGCAAAGGCAACUGAAGGUCACAAAGAGACUAAACAUAUACAGUUAUCCUUUCAUAUCUAGUCCUUUCAGCAAACACCGGUGGGCGGACGCAAGGAUCUUAUCUAAUGCAGCUGAUUAACAUGUACGGUCAUGAAGGCCUGAAGUUCAUGUUUGUCAGAUGAUCUUAUUAACUUCCUGUGAAACAAGUUAGUGAAUUGUUGCUCACUGCUUAGAAAAAUCCUCACAGUUGUUUUAUUGUUGUGAUCAUAUGUUUCUCUUGUUAUAUUUGAUGUGUUUUAAUGGCGUGUUUAUCUUGUGAUUCUCAUUUGUUUGGUCUUUUUC